AUGAGCCUCGCCUUAUUUGUUGCCCUGUUCUUGCUCAACUCAGAUCGCAUUCAGAAAGCCAUUGAGAUAUGCAGCGAAUGUUUGAUUUUGCUAAAUGGCACCGAUCAAAACAGCAAAGACCAAUUUGAUUCAGCACUGCUACAAUUUUACAGCGACAUCUAUAGCGUUCUUUUCAGCGCUUAUCGUCAUAUCUCUGACUACAUAAGUGCGGAAAGAUACGGAAGGAAACUGUUUGACUUAUACAGAGGGUAUGGAAUUAUGCUUUAUAAACUUGGCGAGAGCCUAACAGCAAAGGAAUAUUUGGAGAGGGCCAUUGCCAUAACAACCAAAAUUGGCGACAGACAAGGGGAAGUAUCAUGUUAUGUAAACCUAGGUGCUGUGUUUACGUCGCUUGGCCAAUACGACAAGGCUGAAGAGCAUCUCCAAAAAGCGCUUGUCAUCACAACUGAAAUUGGCGACAGACAAGGGGAAGCAUCAUGUUAUGGAAACCUAGGUACUGUGUUUACGUCGCUUGGCCAAUACGACAAGGCUGAAGAGUAUCUCCAAAAAGCGCUUGGUAUCACAACUGAAAUUGGCGACAGAGGAGGGGAAGCAUCAUGUUAUGGAAACCUAGGUACUGUGUUUACGUCGCUUGGCCAAUACGACAAGGCUGAAGAGUAUCUCCAAAAAGCGCUUGUUAUCACAACUGAAAUUGGCGACAGACAAGGGGAAGCAUCAUGUUAUGGAAACCUAGGUACUGUGUUUAAGUCGCUUGGCCAAUACGACAAGGCUGAAGAGCAUCUCCAAAAAGCGCUUGUCAUCACAACUGAAAUUGGCGACAGAGAAGGGGAAGCAUCAUGUUAUGGAAACCUAAGUACUGUGUUUAACUCGCUUGGCCAAUACGACAAGGCUGAAGACUAUCUCCAAAAAGCACUUGUCAUCAGAACUGAAAUUGGCGACAGACAAGGGGAAGCAUCAUGUUAUGUAAACCUAGGUGCUGUGUUUACGUCGCUUGGCCAAUACGACAAGGCUGAAGAGCAUCUCCAAAAAGCGCUUGUCAUCACAACUGAAAUUGGCCACAGAGAAGGGGAAGCAUCAUGUUAUGGAAACCUAGGUACUGUGUUUACGUCGCUUGGCCAAUACGACAAGGCUGAAGACUAUCUCCAAAAAGCGCUUGUCAUCAGAACUGAAAUUGGCGACAGACAAGGGGAGGCAACUGACUAUGGAAACCUAGGUACUGUGUUUACGUCGCUUGGCCAAUACGACAAGGCUGAAGAGCAUCUCCAAAAAGCGCUUGUCAUCACAACUGAAAUUGGCCACAGACAAGGGGAGGCAACUGACUAUGGAGACCUAGGUACUGUGUUUACGUCGCUUGGCCAAUACGACAAGGCUGAAGAGUAUCUCCAAAAAGCGCUUGGUAUCACAACUGAAAUUGGCGACAGAGGAGGGGAAGCAUCAUGUUAUGGAAACCUAGGUACUGUGUUUAGGUCGCUUGGCCAAUACGACAAGGCUGAAGAGUAUCUCCAAAAAGCGCUUGUCAUCACAACUGAAAUUGGCGACAGAGGAGGGGAAGCAUCAUGUUAUGGAAACCUAGGUACUGUGUUUACGUCGCUUGGCCAAUACGACAAGGCUGAAGAGUAUCUCCAAAAAGCGCUUGUCAUCAGAACUGAAAUUGGCGACAGACGAGGGGAAGCAUCAUGUUAUGGAAACCUAGGUACUGUGUUUACGUCGCUUGGCCAAUACGACAAGGCUGAAGAGUAUCUCCAAAAAGCGCUUCUCAUCAAAACUGAAAUUGGCGACAGAGAAGGGGAGGCAACUGACUACGGAAACCUAGGUACUGUGUUUAAGUCGCUUGGCCAAUACGACAAGGCUGAAGAGUAUCUCCAAAAAGCGCUUGUCAUCAGAACUGAAAUUGGCGACAGAGGAGGGGAAGCAUCAUGUUAUGGAAACCUAGGUACUGUGUUUACGUCGCUUGGCCAAUACGACAAGGCUGAAGAGUAUCUCCAAAAAGCGCUUGUCAUCAGAACUGAAAUUGGCGACAGAGGAGGGGAAGCAUCAUGUUAUGGAAACCUAGGUACUGUGUUUAGGUCGCUUGGCCAAUACGACAAGGCUGAAGAGUAUCUCCAAAAAGCGCUUGUUAUCACAACUGAAAUUGGCGACAGAGGAGGGGAAGCAUCAUGUUAUGGAAACCUAGGUACUGUGUUUACGUCGCUUGGCCAAUACGACAAGGCUGAAGAGUAUCUCCAAAAAGCGCUUGUCAUCAGAACUGAAAUUGGCGACAGAGAAGGGAGGCAACUGACUACGGAAACCUUGGAAAUUUGUUUAGAACUGUUGGUGAUUUUGAAGCUUCGGAAGUAUGCUUGGAGAAAGCUUUAUUCAUAUCCAGAGAUAUUGGAGAUGGAAGAAGAGAGUUUGAAAUCCUCCGAGGUUACGCCGUUUUGUAUUUAUGUCAAGAUAAAAUCAAAGACUCUCUGUUGUGUCUUCACCUGUGCAUUGAAAAGUAUGAGGAGCUGAGAUAUUUCUUGGGCGCCAAUGAUCAGUUCAAAACAUCAUUUCUGGAGGACACAGGAAUAUUCCCCUACAAGCUGCUUUGUACUUUGCUUUGUGACACCGGAAAUGCUCGGGAUGCUCUUUAUGUUGAGGAGUUGGGUCGAGCUAGAGGCCUAUCAGACUUAAUGGCAGAGAAGUACUCGGUUGAAACGCACAUCUCUGCUAAUCGACAAUCUUGGUUUGGCAUUGAGGACAUUUUAAGAAAGAAAAGAAACUGUACUUGUCUGUACAUUUCUUAUUUUCAGAAUCGUCUGCAUUUGUGGAUCUUGAAAACAAGUGGAGUCCUUCACUAUAGAAGAGUAUCACCAGAAGAGAAUCUAGUUCAGGCUGGGUUACCCAAAGAUUUGUCUUUGAGUCAAUUUUUGGAUUAUAAUUUCCGGAGUCUUGGUAUUUUGCCCACUAAAGAUUGUGAAGAUCGGUCUUUAAAUACGAUUAAAUUGCAAUCUCUCUCCCCGCGCAAAAGAGCUCAGCAAGAUUGCGACUUUUGGACGAGGACGAGGACGAGGACGAGAAAGUGA